AUGUCUCGGCCGCGCCAAGCCGUUGUCUGUUUCAAGCUUGCAGACAUAGGAGAAGGUAUUGCGGCGGUGGAGCUGACGAAGUGGUACAAGAAGGAGGGAGAUACUGUGGAGGAGAUGGAAGAGGUGUGCGAAGUGCAGUCAGACAAAGCGGCAGUUGAAAUCACCAGCCGAUACUCCGGCAAGAUCCUCAAGCUGUAUGCUCAGGAAGGAGAUACGGUGAAAGUUGGGGGCCCCCUUAUUGACAUCGACUCUCCUGAUGUAGAAGAAGAUGCAAACGCCCACAGCCCGCCGCCGCCAGAUGCAGAUUCAAAACCUCCCGAGAAACCUCAGCAGCCGCAGCAGACGACAGCUGCGGCUCCCUCAAGCAGGAGCGGAGAGGCUUUGGCUUCGCCAGCAGUACGCAGACUGGCUAAGGAGAAGGGCGUUGACUUGGAGAAGGUGAAGGGUACAGGCCCGCGCGGUGCGAUAACAAAAGAAGACGUUUUGAACUUCCUCUCCUCGGGGUCCUCGGGAUCCUCGACUGCUGGGGUUUCCGCAGAGCCACAACGCCCCAAGACCCCCCAGGGAAACCGACAAAACCGAGAGGUCCCGCUGCAGGGCUUUUCAAAGGCAAUGGUCAAAUCCAUGACAGAAUCUCUGAAAGUUCCGCAUAUGAACAUCGGCGACGAGUACGACGUGACGCGCUUGACUGAAGUAAGGAAAGUGUUGAACAACGAAUUGGGUUCUCAAGGCGUCAGGAUUUCCCUCACUGCCUUUUUAAUUAAAGCAAUGAGCAUUGCUAUGGACGAAUAUCCCAUCGUCAACUCAAAAUUCAACACGCAAACCCAAAACUCGUACACUGAAUUCGGCAACCAUAACGUCAGCGUUGCUAUCGAUGCACCCGGCGGCUUAGUGGUUCCCUGCGUGAAGAACGUUCAAGACUUGACCCUUGUUGACAUUCAGAAGGAACUUAUCCGUCUGCAGGGCCUUAGCGUUGAGCGCUUACAAGGCAUUCUGUGUUGUUUGAGCCUCUACCCAGAUGGAACUUACAUUCAUCCCCUGCUCUUCGAUGGCCAAGCGGUGAUUGUCGGUGUGGGCCGCGUCCAGCAGCUGCCACGCUUUGUAAGCUGCGAGGGCGCAGCAGGCGAAGGCAGCAGCACUGCAUUGGUGUCGCGAGACAUCAUCAACUGCAGCUUCUCGGCAGACCACAGACACUGCGAUGGCGCUACCAUCACACGCUUCAGCAAGAGGUAA